AUGGCCGUCCAGCUCCCAUCCGAGGCCAUCGGCACUGCCGCUGGUGUUCUCAUCUAUAGCUUCUUUUGUCUGUUUUUGAGCCUGCUUCUGCUUUGGCUGGCCUGGGUUCACCAUGAGCGAAAAAGUUAUGUGGCUAUGCUCUCAUUUUCCAUGUCCUUGGGCACACUGGCAUCGAUUGUCCAACAAUUCAACACAAUAGUCAACUGGAACGAUGUCAAGACAUCGCAGUACAACAACGUGGUAGAAAAUGUUGGGAGGCCAGAGUUGAACGUCACCGGCGCCUCUACAGGCUUGGACCUCGUUCUCUUUUACAUCCAGUAUUAUACCUACAAUGUGGACGCCAUGCUGGUGGCUUUCUGGUCCGUUGAGCUGGCAAACUCUAUCCUCCAGCUUCGGAGUUCCAAGCUCAACCGCCUGAGGGGAAGUUUGUGGGCAAAGGCGAGCGCCAUAUUCCUGCCUGUCGUCCAGAUGAACCUGCUCAGACUCGAUGUUGUUCAACGCAGUGUCUUGGGCUACAUGGUCUUGGCCGACUCUAUCAUGAUCGUAAGCUUUGGUAUCGGUAGCCUGCUUCUGCUCGCCGUCCUUAUCAAGUACAUCCACUCAAGGGCCGCCCUGAUGUCGUGGAAUGUUCGCUAUGGCCAGGAUUCGACACAGACUACCAACCCAUACUCGGGUAAUGGGAGCAUGCCGUCAGGUCCCAGGCCUCCUGCUAUACCGCGCAGAAACAUCUACGAUAGCUGGCUUGCUGUGCGCUUCACUGUCGCAUUUGUGGCAUUAGGGCUCUUCGAACUAGUCGUCGUAUUCUUCCAACAUCGCGCCGCCAACACCAACACCAAGGAAAACAUCCCACCCGAACCUGAUCUAAGUGCCGCCCGAGCCCAGGGCGACUUUGCUCUAUUCGUCCCCGGCGUCUCAGCUUGUCUCCUGAUCUUCAUCGUCUUCGGAACAACUCGGACUUUUCGCGACUACCUCUGGACCAAAUUUGUACCGAAACCGUUACAGGACAUGGCCGCAAAUAGGAAGGCACGAAAGAGACAAAAAUCGUCGAAAAGCGAAGGCAAAACGAUGGCGCCACCAGUGGUCUUGUCGACCAUUCAAGUCGGCGUCAAACAAAGCAGCCACGGCCCUGCAAACCCUGCUGCCGGCGACGACUUUAAAGGGGUGCAGACGACCCUGACGACUAUCAACGGACAUGAGUAUCCGAGGACCGGGCAGUACACGAACUUUAUACGUAGCGCCACGCCGAGUCCUACUGGUAGUGAGAUUGAUCUUGAGGCCGGGCAUGGGCACGGAGGUCACGGAGGCCACGGAGGUCACAGGAGUCAGGGGAGCUAUGAUGGGGGAAACGGGAAACAAGAACACAUGCACUUGCAGACGGCAACGACACCCCUUGGCGUGGUCAGGAGUCCAAGCAGGACGGAUGAUGACGCUCCGAUUUUGAAGAAAGAAGGCGAUGCCUACUUUUGUGAGAGAGGCUAUCGAUAG